AUGACGUCAGCUUCCAGCACAAGUGCCAGAUCCCUUUUUGGCGAUUCCAAAAAUUUGUUGAGUGAACGAGUAAAGUUAAACAUUAAUAAUAUGUCAUCAGUUAUCAAGCAAAUCCACAAAAGUUCCAAGAGUCAUGAAAUGUUAAAUCAAACGGUUAAAAGUCUCGCAUUGCUUGAAUCUAAUAUUGACCGUACUGAACAUAAUUUAAAUCAAUUGAGGAACGUUUCUACCAAUUUCAACCAACAAUACGGGGAAUUCAAAAGAUCCAUACAACUUAUUGAAGAAGUAAAGGAACAUGUACAAACUAUGCAAAGAUAA